AUGGAUACAGAUGUCUCCACUUAUCCUGUUUAUUGCUAUUGCAGUUGCACAGAAGGACCAUAAUAUUUCUUUUACACAAAUGCAGAAGAACUUUUUAAAGAAGUAGGGGACUUUUCCCCCUCUAAAAACCUGGAAAAACUAGGAAAUCCAUAGCCUGCAUCCACUUUACUGGAAUUGGUGACUGGCAUUUUGUAAGCAAAUGGCAGUUUUCCUGAAUUAAUCAAAGGAUAUUUUGUUUCCAAGUUUUUAGUCUACAGGCAAACUGGAUUAGCUGGUGUCACUUCAUCUUAACCAGCAGAUACCUGAAAUUUUUAAGUACAGUAGACUGAAAUGUCAGUUGAGAAAAUUGAACUGGGCAUUUUAUCUCCAGAAGAAGCAGAUGGCAGAUGUGCUUCACAGCCAGAACUUAAUGAGACCAAAUUCAGCAGUCCACAUGUGGAUUGGUAUAAGUAUGAACUUUAUUCUUCAGUCUCUUUACCUAGUGGCAUGAAUACAAGCAGGAGUGAGACUGUGAAAGAACCACCCUUAAAGCCCUCCCGAAGAUCCUUGCCAUGCCUUGCCCAGAGUCAAACCCAUCCACAAAGUCUCAGCAAGCAUUCCUCAUUUCUUCAGUCAAACCAAGUGAUGCCUCUGCCUCAGCCUCAGCUUCCAUCUCAGCCACAGCAACAGCCUGUGACUGCAGAGGCAUCAAGUGCUACAGUCAAUGUAGUAUCAGAAAGAGCCAAAGUGAUGGAAACCUUGGAAAACAACUUACUCAAGUUAUCCAAUACAGAAUACUGUGAUCCAUUUUUAGACAUAGGAAGAGAGAAAGACAUAUAUACAGAUGAUUCAGAACAUGGGAAUUAUGAUUCUCGUACAGAUGAAUCUCUGCUUAUUAAAAGUACACCUACAAAGCAGAAACCAGAACUUCGGACAAAGUCUUCAUUGAAGAGUGACAUGUCUGCAUUGGCAACAUCGGGUCUAUUCUUCAAAGAUGGCAAAAAACGUAUUGAUUACAUUCUAGUCUACAAAAAGUCCAGUCCUCAAAUUGAAAAAAGAAGCACCUUUGAAAAGAAUUUACGAGCGGAAGGAUUAAUGUUAGAAAGAGAGCCAGCUGUUACAAACAAUGACAUUAUGUUUGUAAAAAUUCAUUGUCCUUGGGACACACUCUGCAAAUAUGCUGAAAGAAUGAACAUUAGGAUGCCUUUCAGGAAAAAAUGUUAUUACACUGACUGGAGGAGCAAAACCAUGGGCAGUUUCCAGAGGAAUAUGAGGGAACUGAAAAGCUGGUUGCCCAGAAAUCCAAUGAAACUUGAUAAAGAAGCGCUUCCUGAUUUGGAAGAAACAGAUUGCUACACAGCUCCUUUCAGCCGAGCACGUAUUCAUCAUUUUACAAUAAACAACAAAGACAGCUUCUUCAGCAACUCUACAAGGAGUAGGAUGGUACACCACAUGUUACAGAGAACGAAGUAUGAAGAUGGAAAACCAAAAAUGGGCAUUAACAGGUUGCUCAGCAAUGGAACAUAUGAAGCUGCAUUUCCUCCUCAUGAGGGAAGUCACAAGAGCAGGCAUCCUAUCAAAACACAUGGAGCUAAGAACCAUCGGCAUCUAUUAUAUGAACGCUGGGCACGAUGGGGGAUGUGGUACAAAUACCAACCUCUGGAUCUGAUUAGGCGAUAUUUUGGAGAGAAAAUUGGUCUUUAUUUUGCUUGGUUGGGAUGGUACACUGGGAUGCUUAUCCCUGCUGCGCUUGUUGGAUUGUUUGUUUUCCUUUAUGGAUUGUUUACCAUGGAUUCUAGCCAAGUAAGCAAAGAGAUCUGUGAAGCAAAUGAGACUAUCAUGUGCCCCAUGUGUGAGAAGAGCUGCACACUGCAAAAGCUCAAUGAAAGCUGCAUCUAUGCAAAGGUUACAUACUUAUUUGAUAAUGGAGGAACUGUCUUCUUUGCCAUUUUUAUGGCUAUAUGGGCUACAGUCUUCUUAGAGUUUUGGAAAAGACGACGAGCUGUACUUACUUAUGAUUGGGACCUCAUAGACUGGGAAGAUGAAGAGGAAGAACUUCGUCCCCAGUUUGAAGCAAAAUAUUCUCAAGUGGAGCGAGUAAAUCCUAUAACCGGAAAGCCUGAACCUUUUCAACCUUUUCCUGAUAAACUAAGUCGACUGAUGGUAUCUGUGUCAGGAAUUUUUUUCAUGAUUUCAUUAGUGCUAACUGCAGUGUUCGCAGUGGUAGUCUAUCGUCUAGUGGCUAUGGAGCGGUUUGCCUCUUUCCAGUGGCAUUUCAUAAAAAUGUACUGGCAGUUUGCAACUUCAGGCACUGGAGUCUGUAUCAACUUUAUAAUCAUCAUGUCCCUUAAUGUAGUAUAUGAAAAAGUUGCCUAUCUUUUAACAGAUUUAGAACACCCCAGAACAGACUCAGAGUGGGAAAACAGUUUUGCUUUGAAAAUGUUUCUUUUCCAGUUUGUCAAUUUAAACAGUUCUAUUUUCUACAUUGCAUUUUUUCUUGGAAGAUUUGCUGGUCGUCCUGGAAUGUACAACAAACUUUUUAACAAAUGGAGAUUAGAAGAGUGUCAUCCAAGUGGCUGCUUAAUAGACCUCUGUCUGCAAAUGGGUGUAAUCAUGGUUUUAAAACAAAUGUGGAACAAUUUUAUGGAACUUGGUUAUCCGUUACUCCAGAAUUGGUGGUCACGACGCAAGAUCAAGAAAGGAGGUCAGUUACUAGAGCAUAAAGUGUCCUUAUCUCAGUGGGAAAAAGAUUGGAAUCUACAGCCCAUGAAUCUCCAUGGUCUAAUGGAUGAAUAUUUGGAAAUGGUUCUCCAAUUUGGCUUUACUACAAUCUUUGUUGCUGCUUUUCCACUAGCACCUUUGCUGGCUUUGCUUAAUAAUAUUAUAGAAAUCAGGCUUGAUGCAUACAAGUUUGUCACACAGUGGAGGAGGCCAAUGCCUGCAAGAGCAACUGACAUAGGUAUCUGGUACGGUAUUCUCGAGGGAAUAGGAGUUCUAGCUGUAAUCACCAAUGCUUUUGUCAUUGCCAUUACUUCGGACUAUAUCCCACGUUUUGUUUAUGCAUACAAAUAUGGACCUUGUAUUAACGAAGGAUACAGACAGGAAAAUUACACAUUUAAUAGAUGUUUGAAAGGAUAUGUCAACAGUAGCUUAUCAAUAUUUGAUCUGAGCGAACUUGGCAAGGGUUAUUCAGGAUACUGCAGGUAUAGAGAUUACAGAGCACCUCCAUGGAGUUCAACUCCAUAUGAAUUCACCUUACAGUUCUGGCAUGUUUUAGCAGCUCGGUUGGCUUUCAUUAUAGUCUUUGAGCAUCUAGUUUUUGGAAUAAAAUCUUUCAUUGCCUACCUGAUUCCAGAUAUGCCCAAAGACUUGUGUGACAGAAUGCGAAGGGAGAAAUACUUAGUUCAGGAAAUGAUGUAUGAGGCUGAGCUGGAGCAUUUGCAAAGAGAGCGAAAAAAGAAUGGUAGGCAGUAUCACCAUGAAUGGCCUUAGCUGAGAAGAAAGGAUGAAAGAAAAAAAGGGGGGAAAAAGCACCAGCAGAAGCAUCAUGACUGAACAUUUCCAGAAGUCAAGAUCAAGGUGGGAUUUGGAAAGAAGACAACAGAAUCAAGCUGUGUAUGUGUGUUGAUGUAAGGAAGUAACGUUAUCAAGCUUUCUUGUAAAAUUGGAACAAAUCCUGUUACCAGCAGACACAAUCAAUCGUUCUGCUUCUUUCAUGCUCUGUGCUCAAAAAAAACAAAAAAAAAAAAAAAGGAAGAAGACUGUAGAAGAACAGAAGUAGAAGAGGAGAAUUUACUGGGCAAGCACAUAAUAAACCCAACAGAUCUGAGAAAAUAUAGAGUCCAUUACUUGUUUGUUAAACUUUCAUAGUAAGGGGUUUAUUUAAAAAAUGAUGUGCUUAUUCACUACUUUUACCCCUUCUGUUUGCUUUAAUGAAUGAAAAACUCUGACAAUUGCUGCCUUAGUGGCCAUCUGUUGAUGCUGUAACAGUCCGUGAGGCUUCCCGUUUUGUCAGGUUUAUCCUUGUCUCUUGCUGAGAUUGUGGAUGUUAAAAGGGAGGCCAGCCUGUCCUAUAUUUACUAUGCAGUUUGAUGUUUUGCACAUCACUUUUUGUUGUUUUGUAUCCAUAAUUCAGUGUACAUUCAGGCGUGCAUAGACAUGCACAUACAGACACGCCCAUCUGCUGUGUGUCUCUCUCUGUGUACAGAUACGUACGUAUAUAUGUGCGUGUGUGUGCAUACCCAUAUGUGUAUGUCAAACACGCACAUACACACAUACAAAGCAAGACUUCAAGCCAAGAGUCAAUGAUCCACUACUGCGUGAGAUACCUUGAUUCUUCAUGCAGAGCAAUGUAUAUCUCAGCUAAAAGUCUUACACAAAGAAAACAAUCCUGGUCCUGGAAAAACUUCCGCUGAAUGCAGAAGCCUAAAAGCCUACUUCAUAUGGCUCAUUCUGCACAUUUGAUGUGCAUAAAGCUGCAUGAGUGUUUCUUUUCCCUAACUCAGAAAACCUGGUAUGCUGACUCACCACUGCACUGCCCUUGAUGACUCAACUCUUUGGGGAAAAUAUGUGGCAUUUUCCAUUGCUCUUGAUAUUCAAUGUGCAACUGAAGGCCGUUUCCUUAUACCUCUUAAGUGAACUGUCCUAUCCAUGCUCUAAUGCAGCAUGCCGAAGCAGCAUGCGGAAGUAUAACUCUGAAUAUUUUAUAUUUCACAAAAAUGUCAACCUGAAAUGUCUCAAUCUGUAGCAAAUAUGAAACCAAUGUUUUAUUUACCGUAUGCAAAGCUUCCUGCUUAUGCAGCAAAUGAGGCAUAACAGCACUGAACUGCUUUUCCAAGAAAAGAGAUAGGACCGUACGUCAUACUUUUUUUCUUUAAAAACAAAUUAUGGAAGUAGGAAGAUAAAUUGGAUUAAAUUAUUCUCCUGUGGAAUCUCUUGCCAAGAUAUAUCUAAAAAAACACCUUCAAAUAAGUGAACUGACUAUGGAGAUACAAACGUUGAUUCUCAGCUGCCUGAACCAGGCAACAAUAACACUUAGAAAGUGUUAAAGAAAUAAUUGUCGCAACAAUUAUUUAUUAACUGAUUUUCUUGGGUUUUUUUAAAAUGAGGAAGAGUAUGAAACACCAAACUAAAACAUGUGUGCAAGAUUUACUUAUGUGCAAAACUCUCCAAAGUUCUGCAUUUUCCUUUUACAAAAUGAUCAGGUAUACAAAAGUUUCUUAUUUAUAUCAACCAAAGCAAGUUUAAAAGGUGUUCUGCUGUCCAGGUUUAGUAUUGUAUAGCAAAGCACAGCAAAUAUAUCUCAUGUAAACAAAUGGUUUAUAGAUGUGAUAUUACACUAUUUGCAUGAAAUGCAUCUUCUCUUUCACUUGAAACCAUCAGUGAUUUCAUUUCAUUCUAAUGCCCACACCAUUAUUUUACUUCUCAAGGAGUUUUUCUUCCUCUGUUUCUUUCUUAGAAAUACUGUCCUACAUUAUAACAAUCAGCUUUAUAAUAUUACUCUUGAUAUUGAUUCUCUGAUCCAGCAAUUGCUUAUUAUACAGAUAUUAAUUCCAGGCCUUUCCAUCCCUGUUUUCCCAUGUGUUUUAAUCCCAGGAUAAUGUUGCACAUGUCAACACUAAUGCUACCUUGUGCACCCAUGAAUAGAGAAACUUGCCAGCCUGCAAACUUUAUGGGUGCAUCAGUUUGCCCAAAACUGUCAGAAUCAGUACAAAGUAUACUUUUUUUGCAUGCUGUGAAACACAGUUUAUGUUACCUUUAUCUGACCUUUAAGUUUUGCCAUACAGCAAUGCUUAUUGCCUUGGCGGGACCCAAGCUUUAAAAUGGAUUCUGUUUGUCAGCUUGUAUCCUUGUUUUUUGGUGUUCUGUUUAUCACUGUUUAUUCCAAUUAAUCACAGGGCAAACUUAUGCUGCAUUCUCAAAACCAGAUUCUGUGGUUUCAAGGACUUGCCAGUGCCAUUAAUUUAACAUGUAAAUUUGAAAAUCUAAAUUCUUGUACAAGACAAACAAAUCUCAUUCUGAGUAAACAUCUUUCUAAGUACUAAACAAAAAUGCCAAAAACAUUGUGAUGCAUUAAAUAUAAUUUUGCACCAUUGUACCCUCAAUAUAAACGUAAUGAAAGUUUUAAUCCAGUUUUUAUUGUGGAAAAUUACAAAUUCUAGUUACUUCCACAACUGGAAAGUUUAAUGGCUUUGAUUUUGCAAACCUAUAAAUUUUGUUCCCCAGUAAUUGGAAAGUUUCUGAAAUAAAAAAACUGUUUAUGUUCCUUUCUUUAAAAUAAAUUGGGUCUCAACAGUGUCCUAGAAGAUUGCUGAUGUAUAGAGAGAUAUAUGCUUUAGCUGAGAGAAAUGCUCUGCUAGGUUUGGUUUACUAUGUUGCAUUGAAUGCAUAUUAUCUUAUAAAGAUAUACAGCACACAUUGUUCUCAGGAAAUGUGCAUUACAUGAGUGCUGGAUUAAAGAUUUAACUUCCUGUUUUUUGUACUUCUAAAUACUUGUAUUUUGAAAUGACCAAUACCAGUGGUAUAUGCAUGCAAAGCUGCAGAGCUUCAAAACUAGCAUUCAUGCAAAAAAAAAAAAUGCUUUAGAUCAUUGUCGAUCUAGCCUACAAUAACUUUGGUCUAUGCAUGUUCUUUCAGACAGACUGCAUGAGCAGCUACAGUCUGUCUUUCAAAAUCUACAGUUUGUUAUUAGUCCAGAAUGUCUUAACUAUUACCAACUCAACUCAGUGUUUUGGUGCAUUCAAGAAAAAAAAAACUUGCUUGAAAAAUA